AUGGAAAUUGGGACAAAGGCAAUGGAUGAAUUGUUAAAAAUGGCACAAAUAGACGCUCCCCUUUGGCGCAGGAGCUCGGAAGGUGAUUGGUAUAUACUGAACGAGGAGGAAUACGUGAAAAUGUAUCCUAAUGAUAUCCACAGGAAAUGCGAAGGUUAUUUCACAGAUGCCACAAAGAAGACUGGUUUGGUAAUGUUAGACAGUUCGUCUGUUGUUUCGAUAUUAAUGAACUCGGACAAAUGGGCGGAGACAUUUCCCUCUAUGAUUAAAACAGCGUCAACUAAAGUAGUGAUAUCAAGUGAACUUAAGAUGAUGGAUGCAGAGUUCCAAGUACUAUCACCCUUGGUCCCGGUUCGCAAGGUUGAGUUUUACCGGUUCUGCAAGAGGCACGACGACGGCAUGUGGACUGUCGUCGACACGCCUUCCCUAAUUAUCCAUGAAGAUUCUUUAGCAUUUCCAGAUUACACGAGGCUUGCCUCUGGUUGUGUAGUGCAGGAUAUGCCUCAUGGCUUCUCCAAGGUUAUAUGGGUAGAACAUGUACAAUACGGUGAAAGUGCAAUACAUCACCUUUACAGAAGUUUGAUUAAAGCUGGCAUCGGAAUCGGAGCGCCAAGGUGGAUAGCCACCUUCCAACGGCAAUUGCAUCGCAACAUCCUCCAAAAAAGUUAUGGCGUGCCCAUUGGGAAUGAUACCGCCAUGGAUGCAAAUGCUAGAAGAUACUUGUUAAAGCUAGCUGAGUUUAUGACCAGAGCCUUUUGUGCUGUUGUCUGCCCGUCAAGUGCUCAUUAUAUGGAUGAAAAUCUCCGUAUCACGACCAGUGCGAGCAUGGCUGACUCGGGAGAACCAGUCGACACUCUUGUAAAUGUCACAACAUCUCUUAGGCUGCUACAAUCUCCGCAAAGUCUCUUUGAUUUCCUAUGUGACAAAAAUAUUAGGCAACAAUGGGGUUUAGCUAACAUCGCCUUGCAAAAAGAGUACCAUAUUGCCACGGGCGAAGAUGGCAAGAACGUCUCCCUCCUACGACCAACUAUCAAGGGAGAAAAGUGGAUGCUCCAAGAGACUAGGAGAGACGAGUUGGGAGCGCUUGUGGUGAUCAUGCCUAUUGAUUCUCUAACAGUUGAAAAUGUGUUGAAAGGUGAGGAUUUUACUAAUAUCCCCUUUGUCUUCUCGGGGUUUGCCAUCGAACCUAAUCUGGUACCACCUUUUACACCCCCUACGAGUAGGGGUCCAUUCUACGAUGCAAAGGCAUUGCUUCUGACUAUGGUCAAGAGGAACUUGGUUGUCCAUCCUGAAAUAGUCACACACGAAUCCAUGAAGAAGUACAGUAGGAUCAUGAAAGAGAAUGUGCAAAGGAUCAAAGAGGGUCUCAACAUAUUAGACUAG